AUGUCUACACAUAACCUCUUCAUGACGCAAACCCGACACGAUAACCAGGGCAUCUUGAACCUCGGCACCAACUGCUAUCUUUGCAGCCAACUUGACUUUCUCCCCUUCUCCUGCGAGUUUUGCAACCAUGUUUUCUGCUCGCGCCACCGCAACAUUGACGUGCACAAUUGUGUGGGCCGGCCCCAGCGCCAACGUCAAACUUCGCCAACUUCCAGCGACGACACAACUCCUGUAGCGGCUCUUUUCCCAGACAAAGACGUCCGUCGUGCACAGCUAGACCUGCUGCUCCGCCCGGCUAAACCUGUAUCGAUUUCUGCUCUGGUGUCAUCGAAUCCGUUCAACAAAUUGACUCGCUUUUUGCACGCUGAACGCAUGCGCCGGAAACUGCGCAAACCCAGUGCAGCGCUGGAGCUUGUUCAGCUUAAAAAAGUUGCCCGAGGGCCGCAGACCGUGGCCCAGUCCGACCGUGUGCAUUUGUGGGCCCUUUACGUUAGUGGUGAGGAUCUCGCUGAAGUGGAUAGCGCAGCUAUGCGUCGUGGUGUGUGGGUGCUGAAAAACUGGUCUGCGGGCCGAUGCUUGGACACUUUGGCAGAUCUUCUCGGUGUUGCUAACCGCAACAAUGCGACGCAGCAGCCAGAUGACAGGUUGAGCUUGUUCGUUGUGCGGGACGGCACGCCGGAGCUUCUCAAACCGGCUGCCAAGCUAAACUUGCCGCAAGGAUCAACCGUGUACUUGGUUCGAGGCCCAGUUUCUUGA